AUGGCUUUUGGUCAACUCAACCUGUCCAACAAUGUGGUUUUCAUCACCAUCGCGGUCGUAUUCCUGGCCACAUUAGGCUCGUUCGCUAGUAUCCUCCUCUCAUACGCUAUCAGAAGUCGACGACGGAGCCAAUUCCCACCUGGCCCUGCAGGUCUUCCGGUCAUAGGAAACUUGCAUCAGAUUCCUCAGAAGAAAGCGUAUUUCCAAUGGCACGAAUGGAGCAAGCAAUACGGCUCCAUGGUCGGCCUCAAAUUCGGCCCUCAAGACGUGGUAAUUCUCAACAAAGCCAAACACGUCCAAGAACUCUUCGACAAACGCGGCGCCCUCUACAACGGCCGCCCGAAAAACCACAUCGGCGAAGACAUCAUCACCCACGACAACGCGCAAAUCCUGCUCGCAGACUACGGCCCCGAAUGGCGAAGACUUCGAAAAUCCAUCCAAAGCCUGCUCAGCGUUACAGCGGUCGAAUCUCUGCUGCCGAUCCAAGAAGCGGAAUCGACGCAGCUUCUGCUCGAAAUGCUCCGUGAUGCCAAGGACAGCUAUCGCCAUAUCCGUCGAUACGCCACCGCCGUGGUCCUGGCGUCCGUGUACGGCCAACGCGGCAAGACGUACGAUAUGCCGAAGGUGCAGGCGCUGUAUCAUGCGCAGGAGCAGUUUACCGCGAUUCUCGAGGCGGGGGCGACGCCGCCGGUGGAUAUUUUUCCGAUUCUGCAGAAGGUGCCGGCUUCGUGGAAGAAGUGGGCGUUGAAGAUUCGGGAGGAGCAGAGGAGUUUGUAUAGAGCUUUGUUGGAGGAGACGAGGGAGGGGAUUCGAAGGAGGGGCGCGUUAGGGUGUUUGUUGGGGAAGUUGUUGGAGCCUGGGGCGAAGCAUGGGUUGAAUGAUGAGCAGGUCAUGUAUACUGGGGGAACGCUGAUGGAAGCCGGCUCAGACACGACAUCGUCAACGCUGCACUCCUGGUGCAUCGCCAUGAUCGAAAACCCAGAAGUGUUGAAAGCUAGCCAGAAAGAACUCGACCAAGUCUGCGGGAACCGUAUGCCAUCCGCCAAUGAUCUCCAGAAUCUUCCAUAUCUACGAGCAGUAAUGUCCGAGACACUACGCUGGAGGCCCGUUGCCCCAGGAGGAAUCCCUCACAAGCUGAUGCAGGACGACGUGUACGAGGGGUAUGUAUUGCCGAAAGGGACCAUGCUCUUCGCCAAUACCUGGAGUAUCCACCAAGACGAGGAUGACUAUGAAGACGGUGCAAAGUUCUGGCCGGAGCGUUGGGUGAAGAAUCCAGCCACAGGGACUCGAGUGGAAAGCGUUGCUGAGAAGGCAGACGGUCGUCGGGCGACGUACACGUUUGGCGCUGGUAGACGUGUCUGUCCGGGCCAGAACAUGGCGGAGAACUCGCUCAUGCUCGUGAUGGCCCGCAUCGCGUGGGCGUUUGAUCUCAAAGCUGAACCGGGACAUACUAUUGAUUCGUCCAUGGAGACCGGAUACUCUGAUGGGUUCAUCUCUGGUCCAUUGCCCUUCCAAUUUCGGAUUGAAGUCCGUUCCAAGAUGCAUGAAGAGGCAAUCGUGGCUGCGCACGAAGAGGCCAAGCCAUUCCUGGCGACCUUUGAGAGUUGA